CGUAAAGGUGGAGUCUGCUGCUCUCUGGUGGUCACUCCGCGAAGCGACACCAUUUCACUAAUUCGCUCCUUGCAGUUUAAAUUCUCUCUCUCUCUCUCUCUCUGCCACGUCGACUUCGGCACGUAAGAAAUCACAUUCCAAGAGGCUGAAACUCGGCAAAAUGUAACGGUUUUGAUGCAACUCUGGAUAUCAAAUUCAGUAGUUACCUUGACUACAGACCUCUUUGAUGUACCUCCUAGAGGCUUCUAGUGAUUCAUAACACGUCACUUACCAAUCUUCAUUUCCCUUGUGUUCGAUUGCUGUCAGCAAAGAGCAGCUGAAGAGGAAGAUAGCAUGCUCUACAAGACAUCAGGCUGCUGAUGUAAUUUCAAGAAUUAUGUGGCAUUGUUCUCACAGGGAGAUGGGUCGGCUUUCACAUGUCCUACUACUAUCAUUGACAGUGGCCCUUCUUGGUGGACUGAUUUUUGGAUAUGAAUUAGGAAUCAUCUCUGGUGCGCUACUGCAGCUCAAGGAAGUCUUCAGCCUUAGCUGCUUGCAGCAAGAAAUAUUGGUCAGCGCCCUUUUGAUCGGGGCUUUCGUUGCCUCAUUGAUUGGAGGGAUAGCUGUUGAUUAUCAUGGACGAAGAAACUCAAUCAUUUUGAGUGCAGUACUACUGUGUGCUGGAAGUAGUAUUCUCUUACUGUCCUCCUCAUUUGUGCUGCUAGUGAGUGGCCGGCUGACUGUAGGAUUUGCCAUGUCCAUUUCAUCCACUGCCUGUUGCAUAUACGUUUCUGAAAUCGUUAGCCCCUAUCAUAGAGGCAAGUUGGUGUCUCUUUAUGAAGUUGGUGUCACAGUUGGCAUCUUGAGUGCCUAUGCAUUAAAUUACAUUUGGGCAGAUAUAAGAAAUGGAUGGAAGUACAUGUUUGGUCUGGCCAUUGGCCCAGCGGCUUUCCAAGGAGUCACCGUUCUUCUCCUUCCCUCAACCAUUGAGAAGGUUAGAAGUCAAGGUGAUGAUUCACAGAAAAUCCUGCUACAGUUACACAAUGGAGAGCAUGAUGACCCAGAUUCAGAGGAUGCCAAUUCAGCACAAGGAAUCAAUCAAUAUUACAGUUACCUUGAUUUAUUUCGAUCUAAAGACAACAUGAGAGCCAGAUUACUGGUGGCACUGGGUUUAGUGUUGUCCCAGCAGCUCACUGGCCAGCCCAAUGUGCUCUACUAUGCCUCGACCAUCUUUAGGUCAGUAGGAUUUCAGAGCAAUGCUUCAGCAGUACUAGCUUCAGUCGGACUGGGAAUAGUCAAAGUUGUUACUACUGUCGUAGCCAUGAUAUGUACUGAUAAAGUUGGAAGACGAACAUUGCUAAUCGCUGGCUCUGUUGUAAUGUCAGUGUCAGUCACUGUGAUUGCCUUCUCAAGCCAGAACAUUACAAUGGAAUCCCAAAUGAGCUGCAGAGUAAACACCCGGGUUAAUGACUCAUACCCUAUCUCAAAUUCUAGUACAGUUUCCUCCAAACCAAUUCUUUGGAAACCAAAUCCAACAUUCAGCAAUGAAAGUUCAAUGAAAGUCCAGGGCAAACAGCAAGCAGCAAAUGAUGAAAGAAUGAACAGCAGUUCACUCAGUGAGCCAGCAAUCCUAUUUGUCAGUGCAGAGGACUCUUUAAAUAAUACUUCACAUGAAGAUUUCCAUUUGAGGAAAAUAAGGAGUCACCUGACACAGCCAGCAGUAAGCUCUACUCACGUCUCCAAACAUUUAGCCUUAAAUUGGAUUACACUGCUUUUUAUGAUGGCCUUUGUCAGCGCAUAUUCAAUUGGGUUUGGUCCAAUGACUUGGUUGGUUCUGAGCGAGAUAUUCCCUGCUGGAAUCAGAGGCCGGGCAUUUGCAUUCUCCAGCAGCUUCAACUGGGCUGCGAAUAUAAUUGUUACUGUCACGUUCCUGGAUGUAAUUGAUACUAUUGGACUGUCUGGGACGUUCCUAUUCUAUGGACUGGUGGGAUUUGCUUCAGUUGGUUUUAUAUGUCUGUACCUGCCUGAGACCAUGGGGCAGUCACUGGAAGAGAUCAACAAGCACUUCUUGGCGAGAAAAGUCUCAGAUGUGAGGUGCUGCUGUCCAAGUAUCAACAGAAGAGGAGCAUCAGUGAGUCGUUACAAAACAACUGAUGGUUUGUUAAUUUAGACUACAGAUUUUCUUUUUACUUUCAACCCAACUGAGAUGACCAAAUUUGAAUGAUUCGUGAAAAUUGAAACCUGGCGUCAAAACUUUAACCAUACAUUGGAAGCAAUAUCCCAGAAGCAUCAGAAGGAGAGUCUCCUGAUCCUUUACAUCAGUUAUCUUCAUUAUUCAUUAUUUAUAAAACAUUUCCAUCAGAGCCAGCAAUACACUGGCAAUAUGAAAAGCUCAUGCUCUGAAUCAACUGUAAAGUAGCAGAGGGCAAAGGAGAUAGAAACUUUGGAACAGAUAACAAAUUGUGGAGCUGGAUGAACACAGCAGGCCAAGCAGCAUCUCAGGAGCACAAAAGCUGACG